UCUGUCUGAAAGAGCAGCCUAACCUUCCCCAUCCACACAUUCCUGUUCUCCUUACCAAGGAGACACGCCAUGAUGUUCCGAGACCAGGUAGGUAUCCUCACAGAUUGGUUCAAAGGCUGGAAUGAGUGCGAACAGACGGUGGCACUCUUGUCCCUCCUGAAGAGGGUGUCCCGCACCCAGGCCCGCUUUCUCCACAUAUACCUUGAACACUGGCUGGCAGACUGCACAGAGAUCCACAUCCUUGAAGCUGAGGCCAACAAUGCAGCAACUGUCAGCCAGUGGCAUCAAGAGCCUAAAGAGAAAGUGGUGUCCUUGCUGUUAUCCCAUUUGCCUCUACUGCAACCACGUAAUUCUGAGGCCAAAUGUGAGUACAUGAAGCUGCUGCAGAAGGUGUUGAGUCACACAAUUGAGAGCAGCCUCUUUGUGGAAGAAAGCAGACAGUUGCUCUCCUAUGCACUCAUCCAUCCUGCCACUACUCUGGAUGACCGGACCUCACUGGCCAUGUGGCUAAACCACUUAGAAGAGCACCUUUCAAGUGGCUAUGCAUCACGGGCACCGUCAAGCCCAUACCAUCCAUGCCAGGGCUCAGAUGAAUGGCCGAGCACAGCUGAGGCUCUUGAUCCUGGUAAUGUUUGGCUCGAUAAGCCUCCAUCUAGCACAUCUUCUGCUGGCCAGAACGGACACAUGGCUUUCCCAGGCGGGAUGCCCUCACCUAUUAACAGCAAUAAUACAGGUUUGGUUGGGCAGAUGCAGCCUAGUCCGCUGAAGAAGCCCAUGUCCAUUAUUCCUUCAAGUCCUCAGACUUGUGGUUCUGAGUGGAUAAACCAGGAUGACACAGGGGGGCGACAGAACUUCAUCCCAACCGACCACGCACCUCUUUCACCCCAAAGCAGCAUAGCUUCUUCAGGCAGUGAACAGACAGAAGAGCAGGGCUGCUUUCGCAACACCUUCCUGGAGGAUGGAAGUGGCAUGAAAGAUGUUCCUGCCUGGUUGAAGAGUCUUCGGCUUCAUAAAUAUGCAUCACUAUUCUCGCAGAUGAGCUAUGAGGAGAUGAUGAUUCUCACAGAGCAGCAUCUAGAAUCUCAGAAUGUCACUAAAGGAGCACGGCACAAGAUUGCCUUGAGUAUCCAGAAACUGCGAGAGAGGCAAACUGUUCUCAAGUCUUUAGAAAAGGACAUUUUGGAAGGUGGAAACCUGCGCAAUGCCCUCCAGGAGCUUCAGCAGAUCAUUAGCACACCCAUUAAGCCCUAUAGUCCACCAAGUGCAGCACAGCCUGCCUCGGACGUCUCAUCUUCAUCAUCAGAAGUCACAAAAACAGGAGCAGAUAAAGAGGCAGCACCAGAAGACUUCCAAACCAACAACCAAGCCCCCGGUGAUGGAGACUCCUCAGUCACACCAGUCUCAGAUGGCGACAUUGCUGGACAGUUUACCCGUGUUAUGGGUAAAGUGUGCACCCAGCUGCUGGUGUCAAGGCCAGAUGAGGAAAAUAUCAACUGUUACCUUCAGCUAAUAGAGAAGUGUCUGACACAUGAAGCUUUCACAGAAACUCAUAAGAAAAGGCUGGUCUCUUGGAAGCAGCAGGUCUUCAACCUGCUGCGCCUGUUUCCUCGGAAAGCUAUGCCGGACCUGUCAGCAUACCGACAGAAAGGCUGGAACUACGGGUCGAACUCCCUCCCCACAGCAGGCUCUGUGAGUGGAGGUGUAAGCCGGCGGGGCCAAAGGCAGUUCCAGAUGACCCCUCGUGGACCCCCAACUGGGCGCAUGUGUCUUACUGGCGGGAUUGGGGGAGCAUCUCCACGCCACACGCUCGCUAAUCCUGCACUGGCAGGCCAGGGUAGACAAAACCUGUGGUUUGCCAACCCUGGGGGCAGUAACAGCAUGCCAAGUCAGAGUCGCAGCUCAGUGCAGCGGACCCACUCACUCCCUGUCCACACGUCCCCACAAACCAUGCUCUUGUUCCAGCAACAAGAAUGCCAAGUUCCAGGGGCUGACCUGGAGAUCAACCCCACGCUGGAGUCGCUGUGCCUCAGUAUGACGGAGCAUGCCUUAGGAGAUGGAACAGACCGGACAUCAACAAUUUGAAAAGUAGAGAGGACAAAUGUUGGAUUGAGGCUUGUUCAGCACAAAGAUAUAUGUAUGCUUCAAAAACGACAAAAAACAACAACAAAAAAUAAAACACAGGCUAGGCAGUCACUACAAUAUGACAAAAAAAAACUGUAUAUGUUCUCUAAUAUUUUUGUACUUUAUUAUAUACAACUAAGUUUAUUAAAAAUGAAUUACAGAUGAUUAUUAUAUUGUAGAACAGAGAAAAAGGUAAACUGUAUCGACUGUGCCGUGCCACCUGCAGGACUGUGGCACGACGUGCAGCGGCUCAGUUUACCACGAUGAGAGAAAACCAGGGGAUUGGUGCUGUGUUUAAGGGUUCUGCCCUGAGUUGCUCUUCUUCCCUCACUGCUGUGGAGCAAGGCUUUCUAUUCUAUCCACAAGAAAACUGACUGUCGCAGCCCCCACACCACACAAUUUCUAAAAACAAAAUUUCCAGCCAGAAGAAAGGCACUUUUCUUUAUCUUUUCUAUUAUUAGGCACCAAACUGUAAUAGGCCCCCCGUGGUACACGUUCUAAAGUUUCACACUUCUCUGACUGCUCAUCCUAGAGGCAAGGCUAGUCGGGGCUUGUGUUGCUUCAAACUUUAGAUGCUUUUUCUCAGUUCUUUUUGUCUAAUAUGCAAAAAGAUGUUUUUUUUUAUGACACAAACUGUUCCUCAAUUAAAAACAAACCUUGAGGAACAGUUUGUUAUUCAGCUCUAGCUAUAUCUUUUGUUUUGUUUUUCUUGAACACAUGGUCAAAGUAAAAAAAGUGACUGUCCUCUGAACGUCUACAAAGCCAAAGACAAGGGUUGUGUGAUUAUUAAUUUGAGAAAGUUAUUUGUAGUGAGUUGCAGCAGAAUGGUAUAAUAAAAAAAAAAAAGCAGUGUG